GCACUACCUUACAAACCUGUGCACUAUACUACUUCUUACUAUGAAUCGGACACUAAGCCCGCGAAUCGUCGACUCGUGCACUCCCACAGCAUUUACAAGCGCUGCCACCAAGCGCUUGCGCUUCACGGCUUUCCUGCCUGUGCGGAAUGUAACACUAGCUGCGAUCAGCAAGCAAGCUGCCGUUUUUGCGGUAUCUGUGGUCGACAACAACUCCGUUCCGGAGGCGCAUAAGGGUCUACACGGCUUUCUGUACGGCGAAGGAGGCGCCGAGGAGCACGACCAGGGAAAGUCGUACACCGUCCGCAAGGAGGAGGACGAGGGCGGCCUGCUGGUGCCCGUGCCCGCCUACCUGGAGUCGCGGGACGGCGAGAAACCACUCGGCGUGUACUGCUUGUACGACAAGGAUCUCGCUCCGCAGUACAUCGGCUACUCUCGCAACAUGGUGCUGGCGAUCAAGGGCCACCUAGCCCGAGUGGGCCCCGAUCUGUGUGCCCAUGUGCGUGUCAUGGUGUACGGCAACCGUGCCAUGGCCUCACGUGCCAAUCUGGAGCGCGGCGUGGCGAACUGGGUUUCGGAGCUGAUGGGCGGGGUGGCCCCUCCGGGCAACACCCAGCCUCAGCUGCGGGCGGCAUGGGAGGGGGUCAGCAGCGAGGGGGGUGCGGGUGCGGAGGGGGCGGAGGGAGGAGUGGGGCCAGAGGGGGGUGUUUCCCCCUCGCUGGCGGGUCCUGCGGUGUUGGACCGGCGGCUGAUGUCGGCGGGGGAGUUAGCGGCGUACGAGGAGAAGCGGCUGAAGCUGCGGAAGGCUAUGGGUGAGAAGCUGGCGGAGGUCCCGGGAGGCAGUGGCAGCAGUGCACCUCAGCCGGAACAGCAGCAGCAGCAGGAGGAGGAGGAAGAUGACCUAGCCACUCGCAGGCUGAAGCUCAUGCGGGCCAUGGACCGAGGUGACUGGUCCGCCGUCAUACACGCGCAAACACAGGAGGCGCUGGGAGCAGCGGCAGCAGCAGCAGCGGGCGGUAGUAGUGGAGAGACGGAGGGAGCAGCGUCCGGAGGCGGUGGUGGCGGAGGUGAAGAUAAUGCCAGCAGUGGCGGCAGUGGGGGAGAGGCAGGCAGCAGCAGCAACACAGGAGGCGGCGAGAGUGGCAUCGUAUCGCCCUUUGAGGCCGGAGGUGCGGCUUCCGCUGCUGCUGCUGCUGCUGCGGGUGGCAGCAGCGGCAGCAGCAGUGCAGGCAAGCCGGCGCGGCAGCAGCAGCAGCAGCAGCAGCCGUUGUUGACGGUUGAGGCGGUGCAGACGGCCCUCGAGGAGGUCCGGCCCUACUUGCUAGCCGACGGGGGCGAUGUGGAGGUGGUGGAGGUGCGCGAAGGGACCGUGUACCUGCGCCUGCAGGGCGCCUGCAGCACCUGCCCCAGCCAGAGUGCAACCAUGAAGGGAGGAAUCGAGCGGGUCAUCAUGCAGACGUUCGGGGGGCAGGUCCGCGACAUCGUGCAGCUGGGGGCCGCGGAGCCCUCCGGCGCCACCCCCGACCGGGUGGAUGCGGCGCUCAACAUGCUGCGGGGCGCCAUCAGCAACCUGGGGGGCAGCGUGGAGGUGCUGGGGGUGGAGGGAGGCGUGUGCACGCUGAGGUACCGCGGGCCCCCCGCCAUUGGCAAGGGUGUGCAGGGGGCGGUGCGGGACACGUUCAAGGACCUUCGGGAGGUGCGAUUGGUGGACUAGGAGACAGGGGGGGGGGCUAGGCAGGAGGGGGGAGGGAAGGAGAGAGGGAACCAGCCGAAUCGUACUAAUGCUCCACCAUUAGUCAGGGCGGGCGGGAGAGCCGAAGGAUGACAGGAACAGUAGGGAGGGACGGAAGAGGGAAGAGGGCGAGAGGGGGGAGGUGUGAAGCGCAGGAAGGGCGAUGAGAGGAAAGCAGAGGCGGGGUGGAGUGUGCGCCAGACAGGAGGAGCGGAGGAGGAGCGGAGGAGGAGCGGAGGAGGAGCGGAGGAGGGGGUGUGGCGGAAUGAAGGGAGUGCAAUGCGAUGCUGGGGAGGGAAAUAAAAUGAACUUGCGCUUGCGUGCAUGCAUGCGGUUCUCUUUCGAUUGUGUCGUGGGGCGUUUAGACGGGGCGGCGCAAAUGGGGCGGGUGACGGAAAGGAGGAUGCGUGAGUGGUGAGGCGGUGAUGCGAAGAAGAGAGGAUGAUUGGGAGACGCUUGCGGGAUGCGGCAAUGGUGCAAGGAUGGCUGGCUGGCUGGCUGGCUGGCUGGUCGGCUGGCUGGCUGGUCGGCUGGCUGGCUGGCUGGCUGGUGCUAUAGUUGAUGCAAUAGUCAUCCGUUCGAUGUAUGUAACAUUAGCAACGGCACGGGAAGAAUGAAGGGUGGCAGAUGAUAAGUAAGAUGUUUUUAAGUACUGGUAUGCAAAAUUGAAUGUCCAUGCUCCACGUCUUCUUUGUUAUGGUUGCCUGUGUAGUGACUAGCGAGGCAGACAUGCUCCCUUGUCGGGCCGACCCGUGGGUCGCUAUGAGCCCCAUCACAUGAGUGUGAUAACAAUCAACUGGACUGAGAGCUGCAUUCACUUGAACCCAUGCAUGGUGUGUGUUGAGCCAUCCACGCACUUCUGAAACAGCAUCUCAGCCGCGUAAUGAUACAAUGGACACUGCACGUGUGCGGUGUAACGUGUCGGAAGAGCCUCUGACCGCAAUCGUCCCUGGGUGAGUCAUUCGUGGCCCUGCCGGAAAAUUGUAAUACGGGUG